AUGGAAGAAUUUCUUUUAACGAAAGAACCUCUUGAUAUUGUCAGGAUUUCUACAGCAUUAUUUGUACGAGUAGAGCAAGGUGAAUGGACAGGCGUUCUUGAAAAGGAGGUGGAGAAUUUUGAAACCAUUUUGGAGAAUGUUUUAGAGCGAGUCCCCUCGGAGGAUGUUGAACGGAUAAAAAAGCUUCGAAGUUUUGGUACUGGAAAAAAAUUGGCGAAACGGGUAACAACUGCGUUCGAAGAUUUAUGCUCUCUUACAGAAAUGAAAGCUCUGGUGAUUGACGCUGAAACAUGGCCUGAUGAUGCGAAUGCAAAUUUAGAGCUUUUAAUACGUAAUGUUAAUCAACUCAAAAAUAAGAGUGUUGGCUAUGAAAAAACUAUGUGGGAAAGAAUUGAAGUAGAAUUAGAGGAAGUUGAUGUCGAAAGUCUCGGAUUUGACCAUCCUAUAUGUUCUGGAGUUCUUGAUGCUAAAUCUAAACCUUUCACAGAGAUGCCUUUAUCACUUUGCGAUGUUUUCAGGGAACCUUUCCAGAAAUAUAAGUUAGAUCGUAAUGAUUUCAUUGUGGAGGCUUGUAUAGAGUCUAUUCGCAAUGAGGAGUCGAAGAUAAAUUUGGAUGAAGACUUGCGUGAUGUCGAAUUUGGAAGAUGGUUAGAUGAACCUGAAAAGCUUCGAGAAAUGACAAAACGAAUACUAGAAACUUUGUUUAAAGUUUGGAAAUCACCUAAGUAUGAAGCCUUUAUAAAGAAAGGAAAACCAGUUAAUGAAGGAUCAUAUGUCUGUGAAGUACUUGCGCCAUUACUAAACAUAGUAAUGAGUGAUUUACCCGGAAAUCCUGCCAUAUGGGAUAUAUGGGGUGAAGAGGGGAGUUUAGCUAGCACUAUACGAAAAGGAUCUCGUAAGUUUGCACGGAAACCUGAUUAUAUGGCUGUAGUGCAACUAAAAAAAGGCGCGGAGCUUGAAAUUGUGUACCUCGAAACUGGCAGGCCAAAUUCCAGUCAAGACAAGCGCCAGCGAGACUAUAAAAAAUUAAUACGAUUUUCUAAAGAUUCUAUCGACACUACUAGAAAAAUAUCAAAGCUUAAAAGGGUAUUUAAUCUUUCAUCUAAGAGGAAGAUAUUAUCAAUAUUCGCUAUCAACAUUGCAGAGGAAGCACCGAUUCCACUACAUAAGACUUCACCGAAUGCCAUAUACCCGCUUAUCCAUGCUUUGAUGACAUUAAGAACGGCUGUCACAUGUACAAUUCAUAAAAUAUUACAUAAUUCUGAUUCCGGAGAUAGUGAAUAUAGUUCUGGCGAAAUGACAGUAACAGCUUCAACCCCUAAAAAUUCAUAA